CUUUCUAACUUGAGAAAAGAGACUUUGGAACCUGCUGUCUGCGCUGUGGUUUUCCGGUCAGGGCCAGAGUUUCAGGUGCAAAGGAUGCCAUUUGUCAUUAGCGGGUUUCUUAGUUCAGUUCAGUAGGAGCUGACUGAGGUCACCUCCUCCGACCGUCUGUGGCCAGAGGGCGCCCACAGUGAUACUUCGGCUCCUGUGGUUUGAAUUCAAGCCGGCCAACGGAGGCGCUGCUUGUAAGAUUAAAAAACCGACCGGUCAUGGUCAUCGUGGUUAGAUCAUCGACGCCUUGGGGUGUGGAGAGUGGGGGCGAGUGUGAGAAAGGGGCUGUCUGUGCAUGUCUCCCCCUUGUUAGUAGAUCUUGCUGGUUAAAAUGAGAAUGCUUCCACUUUAUCUCAGGGAACCUGGUACUACAGACCUCCCUGCAGGGAGGGAGGGAGUCUUGAGAAGGGAAAGUUGUAGCAAAGUUGUUGAAUGUCUUUUGGGAGAGUCUUUGACCUUCUCAUUUGCUUCCAGAAGGAGGAAAUCUGAGUUGAGUUAAAGAACUCUCUGAGUGGAUGUGGUUUAAUAAGAGUGAAACAUUUUCUCUGCAAUUUUGACAGGUCUGAACGUGAGCAGGUCAUUUCUCUGCCAGAAGGACAAGGCACAGGGCUGGGGCUGGGAUGUUUUGAACGUAAUAUCUGUGGGCAGGAGGGCAGAGCUGAGGCACAAACCUCAAACAGAAAUUCUCUCCCUCUCAAAUAGUAGCUUAUUCAGGGAGCUAGGGAGCAUCAGGGCAACUUUACUAAACAUGGAAGUUCCAAUGAGUGCUUGUCCAGUCCAGCCAGGGGGGGUGAUGUCAUUGUCACGUGUUUUCCACUGAGGCAUAAAAGCCGUCUGGAUGCUAGUACAGUUAAGAGCCAUGUUUAGACAAGAGCAGCUAACCUGGCCAGCUGGUCCCCAGCUGCAUUAACUUGUUGCUUUUCAAGCCAUCUCUGGAGGCCAUUGGUUCCUUCUGGCUGCCUCUGUGCCAGCUCGGAGUGGGAAAUCCCAAGGCUUCCUUGAGGAUGGAGGAAGCCUCAGGGCAGUGGGCAAUGAUCACGGACCCAACGAUGACUCUGAAUAAUGUCACCAUGCGCCAGGGCACUGUGGGCAUGCAGCCCCAGCAGCAGCGCUGGAGCAUCCCAGCUGAUGGCAGGCACCUGAUGGUCCAGAAGGAGCCCUACCAGUACAGCCAGCGCAACCGUCACUCAGCUGCCCCCGAGGACCACUGCCGCCAGAGCUGGUCCUCCGACUCCACGGACUCAGUCAUCUCCUCUGAGUCCGGGAACACUUACUACCGGGUGGUUCUCAUAGGGGAGCAGGGGGUGGGCAAGUCCACUCUGGCCAACAUCUUUGCGGGCGUGCAUGACAGCCUGGACAGCGACUGUGAAGUGCUGGGAGAAGAUACAUAUGAACGAACACUGAUUGUUGAUGGGGAAAGUGCAACAAUUAUACUCCUGGACAUGUGGGAAAAUAAGGGGGAGAACGAGUGGCUCCAAGACCACUGCAUGCAAGUCGGGGAUGCCUACCUGAUUGUCUACUCCAUCACGGACCGCGCCAGCUUCGAGAAGGCGUCUGAGCUGCGAAUCCAGCUCCGCAGGGCCCGGCAGACAGAGGACAUUCCUAUAAUCUUGGUUGGCAACAAAAGUGACCUGGUACGGUGCCGGGAAGUGUCUGUAUCAGAAGGCAGAGCGUGUGCUGUGGUGUUCGACUGCAAGUUCAUUGAGACCUCAGCGGCUGUCCAGCACAACGUCAAGGAGCUGUUUGAGGGCAUCGUGCGGCAGGUCCGACUCCGGCGGGACAGCAAGGAGAAAAACGAGCGGCGACUGGCCUAUCAGAAGAGGAGGGAGAGCAUCCCCAGGAAAGCCAGACGCUUCUGGGGCAAGAUCGUGGCCAAAAACAACAAGAACAUGGCCUUCAAGCUCAAGUCCAAAUCCUGCCAUGACCUCUCUGUGCUCUAGGUACCCAGAGUCACCCAGAUGUCCCCCGAUGGACGUCACUGAAGGCCAUUGGGACCCAUAAUCUAUAUUAGAUUGGAUUCUUAAGUAGUGUAAGAUGUGGCUUCCCCUGUUGUAGCUGGGAACUAACAUGUUCGCUGGUGGGCAACAUUAAUGCAUGGGAAAUGAAAGAUCUUUGUAAAGAGUCAGUAUUUAUUUACAUGAAAAGCCUGACCUUUGCUACAUGGACACCCGAGACUCGAGAGAGCGUGGUUGGUGUUCACAUGUGUUUCCUCUCUCCUUUGGUUUGUAGAGGAUGAGUGCCUAGGCAAGAACUUUUUCUUAUUAAGAUGUUGCCCGGUGUUCUGAUAUGUGACUCUGAGGCCAAUCAGUGGGUCAUAGAUAUAGGAAGGCUGUCAAAGGAAUUUUUCAAAGGAGGGAGAACUUCUUUCUCUGUACCUUGUAUUCGUGGAGCUAGGAUUGCCCGACGGGGCUCAUCACAAUCAUGACUAUGAUGCUCCAUGAAGCUGUGAAAAGAAAUGAUGGACUUGCUGGAAACUAAAGCUUAGCAAACAGUUUUUUGUUCAAUGCCCACAGUGGGGGAUCCAGAAAUUUGUAGAAUUGGGAACUGAUACCUGUACCACUAAUGGGUUCAAAAAUUCUCUCUUUACGACUGUGUCUUAUAAUUUUUUAUUUAGGGGAAAAUUAUUUUAGCCAAAUUCUAUUGCAUCAAACCACCUUUUGUGUUUCAUUAUUUUUCAAAUCAUAAGGGCAUCAUAAAAAUAUUUUUAAAAUCUGAAUUAUUGAGAACCUGGAGCGCACAAUGCAAAGUUUUUGAAUAUAAUCGAAGGUCUGAAUUUUUAUAAAACAUGAGACAUAAUACUUCCAAUACUUUGGGUUGACCCUUGUAUACCACAGCUUUGCUCUAUUUAUUAUUAUUUUGCAAAAUAACAACCAUUUUAACAUUUGAUAAAGCAUAUUUAUGAACAUAUUUCUUAAUGAGAAAAAUGCUCAUUUUAUUACCAUUUUCUAUCUUUUUCAGAAUAUGCAAGUUUUUAUCUAUAUGUCUUCUAAUAAAAGAAAUAAAAUAUUUGAAAAAAAGGCA